GCCAAGUGGCCCCAGUUUCGUCCGAAGAUUGCACCUCUGUUAGCAAGGGACAUCCUCCUGUCUGUCGAACACUCUUCUCGUUUCAGUACUUUAUGGGGGAGGAGGAGCACGAGAAAGAUGAAUCUAAGGCAGUCUCUCUGCCUACACCAGCUAAAGAGCAUGGACCUGUUAAAGAAGAGAAAGAAGCCUCUUUAAAUGAUGCUGCUAAUGAGAACAACUUGGUCCCAGUUUCUGAAAAGGCUGCAGAUCCAACUGCUGCUGAAAACGUUUCAGGGGAAUCAAGUAAUAGAGAUGCUAUCCUGUCAAGGGUUGAAACUGAGAAAAGAUAUGCUCUAAUUAAAGCAUGGGUAGAAAAUGAGAAGGCUAAAGUGGAGAACAAGGCUCACAAAAAACUCUCUGCCAUUGGAUCAUGGGAGACAACCAAGAAAGUAUCAGUGGAGGCAAAAAUAAUGAAGUUUGAGGAAAAACUGGAGAGGAAGAAGGCUGAAUAUGCAGAGAAAAUGAAGAACAAAGCAGCCGAACUCCACAAGGCUGCUGAAGAGAAGAAAGCAAUGAUUGAAGCGAAAAAAAGCGAAGAAUGUCUUAAGGUAGAGGAAACCGCAGCGAAAUUCCGAGCAACCGGGUAUGCACCAAAGAAGUUUCUUGGAUGCUUUAGUAGCUAAGUUGUUGGGGGCAUACCAGAGAAGCAUUUUAAAAUUGAGUUUUUUUCGAUUUUGGCUUGUUUGUUGGUCAGUUCUCUAAUUGUCUUCUGAUAUUGUAAAAUUUGGUAACUGGGUGUGCAGCUGUUACAUCACCCAAGUUAUGACAUGAACCAAGCUUGGGUUUUGAUAUUUCCUUUUGUGUGAGAAGACGUUUCUCCAGUAGAGGAAAACAAAAAUGAAUUAAACAAUGUCAUCCAUAA